UGCGUCAGGCAUCCAAACCCGUGGACCCUGGAUCGACGAGUCAAGUGCGAUCAGAGUCAAGUUGGAGUGACCCACAGUGUGACAGGUGGGCGACGUGUGUGUGAGUGCCUGCGAUUGGGGGCUUCCCACUGUGCGGAACUCAAGGUUCAGGUACUGUCGGAUUUUUCAUCUCCCUGUGGAACUCUUUAUCAACAGAGUUUUCAUCUUGCGUAUGAGAUGUAGUGUAUUAUGCUGUGGCUUUAUAUUGUUUGUGCGAGCGUGUGUGUUGGGUGUAAUUACAUGUAUACAGCUCAACGCUUCACCAUGAACCAGGAAACGUCGGGAGCGUCUCCGAGCCAGGCGGAUUCGCCUGAAGUUGCUCACUUUAUGGGGGACGGGUUUUCUUUGCACGAGCUCUUGGGAAUGAUUCGAGAAAAGGAUCGUUUGUUAACGGACCUCUUGGGACGACUUGCCCUUUCGGCGCGGUCAGGCACAGCGGACGUGAGCGGCGUGCCGACGUUCCAGGUGAUGCCUGACCUCAGUAAGAACAUAUCCAAUUUCGACGGAGGCGAGGACGCAGCAGCAGCGCGAGACUGGAUGGAGAACCUAAAGAGGACGGCGACUCUUCAUAAGUGGCCGACAGCUUUCCUCCUGGAAACGGCAAAAUCACAUCUCACAGGAGCUGCCAAAGACUGGUUACGCUCACGCCAUGCAGAAAUUGCGUCGUGGGAAGAUCUAGAGUACCAGUUUCGACGAACACUCGUUAGCCAGACCCGAGCAGCGGAACGCUGGAGAAGAAUGCAACACCGCGUCCAGCAGCAAAACGAGAGCACGAUUGCCUACUUCCAUUCGAAGAUUCGUCUUUGUGGAGAGGAAAACCUCGACUUCUGCGAUACUCGCGAGCAAGUACUCACCGGCUUGCGUUCGCGACAACUGUGCACCAUGUUAAUGGGGAGAACACACGAGGACGGUGAUGACCUCCUACACGACAUACAGGAAUUCGAAAGGAUCGAUCGGGAGCGACAAGAGCGCUUCGGUGGACAGCGUGAAAAAGGGGCUGCUACCGGCACACAGCGAAACCGAGACCCGGGUAUGACGUCUGUCAAGAAAACCAUUGACGAGAGAAACAACAAGGAUAAGAGAUCACCAAUACACAACGAAAAGGGUGAGCGUAAGUGCUACAACUGCUCACGGUUCGGUCACAUUGCCUGUGACUGUCCAGAGCCAAAGCGCCCACUAAAGUGCCUGAGCUGUGGAAAAACCGGGCACACUCAGCGUCACUGCAUCGAAAGAGCUCCAAGGAGUGAGACCAACGCCGUAAGCAACUCAAAAGAGAGGAGUUUCUCUGAAGUGCUCCUUAAGCAAGUCACAUGGAAUGGCGACAAAAAGCUCAUUGGAAUGAUUGACACCGGAAGUUCCGGAUGCCUCUUGCGCGCGUCUGCGGCGGCGCGUUGCGGUGCUGAGCUGAUGAGAGACGCAACACCUCUUUAUGGAUUCGGUAACCAGGACGUCCCAGCAGUAAGGACAAUUGGUAAAUGCAAAGCAGAUUUGGAUAUUGACGGUGUUACCGGGAAGAACAUCACAAUUUUGUUGUACCAGACGAGGCUGAGUCGGUCGACCUGCUCGUUGGUCGAACUUUCACCGAGCUCCCGUACGUGACCUAUGCUAGGCUGGGCGGAUGUCUACGCUUUUGGCACAAGAGUCAGUGCCCUUUCUCGCACCUCGAACCCUUGAGCGACGAUCCCAAGUUGAUUGUAAAGACAACCGAAAAAUCCACCCUCCAGGCGAACGUAAUAAAUUGGAUCACGCUGUUAUCAGAAUCUGAUGUCACUGGCCCCGUCAUUUUCAACAACUGUGGAAAAGAAAUUCUUCUCGACAUGAAAGACGGAGAGAUUGCUGUUCCAGUUUUCCCAAGCGGAAAUAACGAUGUAGUCAUUAAAAAGGGACAGCGUCUUGGACGUGUCACUGCGGUCGACAUUGUAAACA